UUAUUUCCUUUUGUCUCUCCACCUCCAUCCUCCAUCUUCCAUCCUGUGCUGAGCUGUGCCACCACCAACACACCAUCAGAGUGAGAUCAGAGAUCAGGCCUCCUCCUCCUCCUUCCUCCUUCCUUCUUCCCCCCAGGCAGCCCAGCGCAGCCUCGCCGUCAACAAGGGAUCCCACCGACCGACCAAAUCUCUCAUCUUUCCACCAAGAAAAGAAGUCUCUCCGACCUACCUGCCUCGGAUGCUCCCGGCCUCGCACCCGCUGCUCUACGCCUGCGUCUUCCGCGACACCGCCCUCGUCGCCGAGCUCGCCCACGCCCCCGCCCCCGCCGCCGAAAGCGUCGACCUCCCGGCCCUCGCCGCCGCCCUCGUCGCCGGCGCGCCGCCGCACCACCGCCACCUCACCCACUCUGCGGGCGGCCGGGCGCACGCGCUGCUCCUGGUCCCGCCGCUCGCGCUCGCCGCGGUCUCGCUCGCGCCGCAGCUACCCGCAUCGCAGCUCCUGCUCUUCCUCCGACGCCUGCGAUGCCUCCCCGAGGCCACGAUGCAAGACGAGAUGCCACGCCUCGCGCUGCGCCUGCCGCUGCCCCCCGACGACGAGGGGGCGCUCGCGCGCGAGGCCGAGGAGGUCGCCGCCGCAGAGGCCGAGGCGGAGGAGGCGGCCAGGAGUGACGCUGAGCUCGUCGCGCGGAGAACGCCCAAGCGGGACAGCCGCCACGGCGGCGCGGGCUGGACAUGGAGGCGCCAGCUCUGGAUGGUCAUCCUCGCGGAUCUCGUGCUCCUCUGCGUCCUCUUCGCCGUCUGGCUCGCAGUGUGCAGGGGAUUCAGCUGCAUUGGCCGGUAAAUAGGUAAAAAAGGCUGCUCAAGUUUUAAGCAAAAAAAUCUGGGGUGCAGUUAUUUCUCCGAUGCAAGACACAAUGAAAAGUGGGUGAUACUAUACCACGGUUGCAAGCUGCCAGUGUUUGGAAGCAAAGGCACUCAGCUGUCAGCUCCCCUGCUAUUGUUACGACCUUCAUGUAUGAAUCUUCUUUGAAAAGUGAAGCCGAACAGUCUUGCUAGACUUGAUAAGUUUCAAUUUGUUGGUUUGGUUGAGGUCACCUGUAAACCCUGUAGUGCGAUUUUUGAAAUUUUGCUCUUUUGGUCUUGUUUCCCCCCAUUUUGACCACGGCAGACCCAGAUAUAUGUGAAUCUUACUGUUAUAACCUUUGCCAGACCUCUAGUUGUUUGUUUUCCUCA